AUGACCGUUCCUCAAAAAAUUACGAUUGCUAUUGAUCGUGGCGGAACCUUCAGCGAUGUGGCGUAUAGUGUCGGUGACAAGGAAGAAGUCUUCAAAUUACUUUCGGUUGAUCCCUUGAACUACAAAGAUGCCAACAUCGAAGGGAUUCGCCGAGUUCUUGAGAAAGUUCAUGGGGUCAAGAUCCCACGAGAUACUCCCCUCGAUACCUCAUCCAUAUCGUGUAUUAGACUUGGAACCACGGUUGCUACAAACGCUUUGCUUGAAAGAAAAGGUGCCCCAUGUGCCUUGAUAACCACCAAGGGCUUCAAAGAUCUUUUGCAUAUUGGUGAUCAAUCUAGACCCGAGUUGUUUGCUUUAAAUAUUGUCAAACCCGGGGUGCUCUUCCAAGAAGUGGUGGAAGUUGAUGAAAGAGUCACCAUGCCAGCAUUCCUCGCUGACCCUACUGGUUAUGAUGCUCAAGACCUAGUAGAUGGCGAUAGAUACGUAUAUGGGGAAACUAAAGAAGUAUUUGAAAUUUUACAACCACUUGACACCGUUCAGCUUGAAAAAGAUUUGAUCAAGUUAAAAGACAAGAAUAUUGACUCGUUAGCUAUUGUGUUUAUCCAUGGUUUUAAUUUCCAAAGACAUGAAAAACAAGCUGGGGAAAUUGCUAAAAAACUUGGGUUCAAGAAUAUUUCGUUGUCCCAUGAAGUCUUACCAGUGUUGAAGGCAGUUACCCGUGGACAAUCCACGGUAGUUGACGCUUACCUCACUCCGAUUUUGAGAGAAUAUGUUGACAAUUUCCUCAGUGGUCUUGCACCUGAUUUUGAAAAACAUACAAGAAUCGAAUUCAUGCAGUCCGAUGGAGGUCUUUGUUCGUGGAGGAAGUUCACUGGGUUGAAAUCACUUUUAUCCGGUCCUGCUGGUGGGGUUGUUGGCGAAGCUUUAACUUGUUAUGAUGAUAAGGUGAAAAUUCCAAUAAUUGGCUGUGAUGUUGGUGGUACCUCUCUGGAUUGUCUGAGAUUUGCUGGAGAAUACGAAUUUAGUUUUGAAUCCAUCACCGCUGGUAUCAAAAUUGCUGCACCACAACUUGAUAUCAAUACGGUUGCUGCCGGGGGUGGAUCAAUCUUGAGCUACCAAAAUGGAGUUUUCAAAGUUGGGCCUGAAUCAGCAGGUGCUCAUCCUGGUCCAGCAUGUUAUCGUAAAGGUGGACCGUUAACUGUUACUGAUGCAAAUGUGUUUGUUGGCCGGAUUUUACCGGAAUAUUUCCCAAAGAUUUUUGGACCAACAGAGGACCAACCUUUAGAUUACGGUAUCACAAAAGAGAAAUUCGAAGCUUUGGCAAGGAUAAUCAAUCUAGACACCCCUGAUCACCCAAAAACUGCUGAAGAAAUUGCUCUUGGGUUUUUGACGGUUGCUAAUUAUCAAAUGGCAAGACCAAUACGUGAUUUGACUGAAUCAAAAGGUCACGAUGUCCGCAAGCAUGCUUUAGCAGCCUUUGGUGGUGCUGGUGGUCAACUUGCCACUUCUAUUGCCAAAAUUUUGAAAAUUAAAAAAGUCAUUAUUCAUCGCUACUCUUCUAUUUUAUCAUCUUACGGAAUUUCUGUCGCCGAUUUGGUGGAUGAACAACAAGAACCGGUAUCAUUGGUUUAUUCUCUAAAAAGUCGUGAUACUCUAUUGGAGGAAUGUCAACGGUUGAUUAAAAAAUCACAGAAAAAUUUGCUUGAUCAGGGAGCCAAGCAAGAAACUCUUAAACUGUUGGUGUAUUUUAAUAUGGGCUAUAAAGGUUCAGAUACCAGGAUUAUGAUUUCUAAACCUGAAGAUCUAGAUUUCCUUGGAGUUUUUUAUGGGGCCCAUGAACGUGAAUUUGCUUUUAAUGAUGAUCAAAAGGACGUACUUGUGACAGACAUUCGUGUACGUACCAUUGGUAAUGCUUCUGAAGCAGUUCGUCCAACUUCUCCAUAUGAAGCGUACGAAGCCUGCACAAAAAAUAUCAUUGAUCCUUCUAUUUCUGACAAGAGAGUUCCAGUAUACUUUGAUCAAGGAUAUCUCGAAACUGCUGUUUUUUUCCUCAAAAAAUUGCCGGUUGGUUCAAUAGUGAAGGGUCCAGCGAUUAUAUUAGAUGAUACCCAAACUUUAGUGAUCACUCCGGACUCUCUGGCCACAGUUUUGCCAAGCCAUGUAUUUAUUGAUGUUGAAGUUGAGGCCAAAAGCUCUGUUAGUGUGAAUUAUGUGGAUCCGGUUCAACUAUCAAUUUUCGCUAAUCGUUUCAUGUCGAUUGCUGAUGAUAUGUCCAGAACCUUGCAAAAAAUUUCAGUUUCUGCCAAUAUUAAGGAAAGAAUGGAUUAUUCUUGCGCUUUAUUUGACAAUAAAGGGAACCUAUGUGCUAAUGCACCAAACGUACCUGUUCAUUUGGGUUCUAUGUCGGCCGCUAUCAAAUAUCAAUUAGAUCUUUGGGGUGAAAAUUUGAAAGAAGGGGAUAUCUUGUGUACUAAUUCUCCAUCGGUUGGUGGUACCCAUUUACCAGACAUCACUAUUGUUUCCCCAGUUUUUCACCAAGGGAAAAUACAAUUUGUGGUUGCAGCUAGAGCCCAUCAUUCUGAAAUUGGUGGUUCUGCUCCAGGAUCUUCUUCCUCUUAUGCGAGGGAGAUCUUUGAAGAAGGAGUGAAUAUUGAAAGUUGGAAAGUUGUCGAUAAUGGCAAAUUUGAUUAUGAAGGGUUACAUAACCAUUUUGUCGAAAUUCCAAAAACUCACGGUGUGAGUGGCACUCGAAAUAUCGAGGACAAUAUUUCUGAUUUGAAAGCACAAAUCGCCUCCAAUCAAAGAGGUAUCAACUUAUUAAAAGAGCUAUUUGCAGAAUAUGGCAGUGAUACCGUGUUGUUUUAUAUGCGAAAUGUUAAACGAACUGCAGAGUUAGCUGUCAGAGAUUUCCUUAAACAGUAUUCUGCCGACAAUAUCCAUCGCUUGCCUCUAUGUGCCGAGGAUUUCAUGGAUGAUGGUACCAAAGUCCAAGUGAAGAUCGAUAUUUCUCAAGAUGAUGGUUCAGCAGUUAUCGAUUUCACUGGUACUUCUCCUGAAUCCUAUAGCAACUUGAAUGCACCACGUUCCAUCACUUACUCUGCCGUAAUAUAUGUGCUUAGAUGCCUUGUGGACAUGGAUAUCCCAUUGAAUCAAGGAUGUUUGGACCCCGUUGAUAUCAUUAUCCCCGAAAACAGUUUGAUUAACCCUUCAGCUUACGCCGCAGUGUGUGCUGGUAACGGUAUGACGUCACAAAGAAUCACUGAUUGUUUAUUCAAGGCGUUUGGAAUUACUUCGGCCACUGGGGGAUGUAUGAAUGGGUUGAAUUUCGGUACCGGUGGCGAGAACGCAAAGGGAGAAAUGGUCAAAGGGUUUGGGUAUACCGAAACCAUUGGCCAAGGGAAUUGCGCCGGGAUCAUUGAGAAAGAUGGCGAACGUUAUGGGUUCGAUGGGUUCUCUGGUACUCAAACUAAUAUGACCAACACCAAGAUCACCGAUCCGGAAGUAUUGGAAUUACGGUACCCGUGUUUAUUACUCCAGUAUUGUAUCAGAACUGAUAGUGGCGGUAAGGGUAAAUUUAACGGCGGUAAUGGCUUAAUCAGAGAAGUCCAGUUCAAUAGUCCUGUACACUUGUCACUUGUUACUCAGAGACGAGUUUUCUCACCAUGGGGCGUGCAUGGUGGUGAGGAAGGUAAAAAAGGUGAGAAUUUCUUGGGGAGAAAUAGAGGAAACGGCAAAAUCCAGUGGAUUCAAUUACCGUCAUUAGCAGAGAUCGAGAUGAGAACCGGCGAUAUUUUGAAAGUUGCCACUCCUGGUGGCGGUGGGUUUGGUAAGGUCACCGAUACUGAUGAAUUCUGGAGGUUGACUAAACCAAGCCAGCGACAACUGUUCGUCCCCAUCUCAUCUGGUACAUUGGGUAAUUUGCAAGAUGCUGCUAAUGCUUCCCAAUGA